AUGCAGGAGGCAAUCGUUGAGGUGGAAUCGUACUUGCGCCCAACGGGACUCAGAUGCUCAUCCACCAAGUCGGAGCUUCUACUCUUCAGGAAGGCAUGGGGCUCCCGACCCAAGGGACGGAAAACCGUGGAAGAAAGUUACAUACAUCUUUACACCACAGACGGAAAGGAAAUUCUGAGGGUCGACACCAUAAGGGUCCUCGCCAUGUUCAUAGAAACAAAAGGGGGCAACGGCACCGCUCUGCGCGAGAUAGUCGCCAAGACAGACAACGCUUUUCGGCUCGUCAAAAGGAUCUCCAGGAGACACCGGGGCCCCAGGAAAAAAAAAAAGCUAAGGCUCAUCAAUGCCUUCGUGCUCUGCCACGUUGUCUACACCGUCGCCAUGCACAAUUGGCUCUGGAGCCUGCCCACGGGCCACAAGGCUGCCGCCUUGUAUUAUAAGUGCAUGGAGAAUACUACGCACGAGGUCGUCGCGACUGCUGUGAGAGAGCUGCACCAGUUCAUGGCUGACCGAGGCAUUCCGUGGCCCGAUGAACCUGCCUCGCCGAGCACCGCUCCGUUGGCCGUCCUGUUCGAUUUGGCGAUCAAUUGGCAGCUACCGCUCUGGUUCAGCGCUCACUUGUCCCCCGUACCAGAUAGCCAUAGUCGGGCCGUUGUGCUGACGCCCAGUGGCUUGACUCUCUCCUGGGCGAAACAUCACCAGGAGAUCGUGGGAAAAGGAGCCUUCGUGGCUUACUAUACGGCCUUCGUCGACGCUCUGUCACCAGCUGAGAACGUCGUUUACCAGGACAUGGAUAGCAUCAGGAAAGUCGCCCACGUCGAAAGCACCAUCCUGCAGGAACUCGCGAACGCCGAGAAAGCCCGGAUUCCGCCACCCGGGUCGUGGCAGUUCCCGCUUCGCGAAGCGACUCACCACACGCCCAGCAUCCCCGCCGAACAGUGGCUGAGCGAAAUAAGCAAGAACUUCGACGUGGCGCCAGCCGUUGCGGGCACCGAUCUCUUGGUGACUGCCAACGGAAUGUUUCUCAAGUCGGUGGACUCGGUGUUCGCGCACUUCGGCCAGAGGGAGCUGCUGUCACACCUGGCCUGGUUCUUCGUACAGCUGCUUGCUCCGGUGGCCGACCCACGCCUGCUGGUCGCCAGGUACGGGAGCGAAGAGCGCGCCAGCGCUCACAGGCCGCUCUUCUGCGCCGCCCACGUAGAAGUCGUAUUCAGGGUCCUCAUCAUCUCCCUGUACGCAGUCCCUCGCUUCUCGGCGAGCUUGAGGAACAACGUCGACGCGCUCCUGCGUGGCAUACGCCACACGGCGGCCGAAAGACUGAGCGCCCUGCCUUGGCUCGACGAGGCCUCAAAGAUGCGCGGCCGCGUCAAGCUGGAGCGGAUGAAGACAACGCUGUGGCCCGCGCCGGAACUUCUGAAAGAGUCGGGACUGGUGCACUUGUGCCGAAACUUUGCUUGGUCGAACGCGUCCACCUUUUUCGAAGCUUGGUUGAACAGCCGCCGCGCCCUGCGGCAGCUGGCCCAGGCCGAAAAUUUCGACGUCGGCUUGCCUGCGAACCUCGCAUUGCCGCUGCUGGAGUACGACUACCUCCGGAACAGCGUGCGGGUGUCCGUGCAGUCUCUAUCGAGGCCCGUCUACUACGGCCACGGAACCAUCGCCAUGUUCUACGGUGGUCUCGGUUUUCUGUAUGCCAGGGAAAUGAUCAAGGCGUUGGACAGCGAGGGUUCGCGAAGGGAUUACCGAGGUGCCCUGACCGAGGACCCGUGGAUGUCGUCCGUGUGGCGCGACGCCCUGAGGGAUCCCGAAGCCUGCCUGGAAGGAGCCUCGGCGGGCGGCUACUUUCCGGAAAUUCCGGCCCUGGAAAUAUCCUACGCGUCGCUGGAAAGUGCGUUCGACGUUUCGGCGACUCCGAUGAGCGAGCGACUCGGGGAGAGGCGCCUGUUCUUUCUGACACUCUGCUACUUCCUGUGCAGUCGCUCGGGCUUCGAACAACACCCGGUUUCGGGUGGCGACUGCAACAAAGCUGUCUCCAACUUCGCGCCCUUCGCGGAGACGUUCAGUUGCCCGUCCGGUUCCGGCAUGCGGCCUCGAAAGCGCUGUUUCUUUUUUGGUCCUUAA